GGAAAGGGCAGUGAAUGACCCCACCACCACCACCACCACCAUCCAAUCCAUCGAUGCGGGAAAGCUUGUUCGUGCCAACAUCGUGUUGCCUGCUGCUUGCUGCGCGUUUGUCCCCUCGUCUCCAUCUUCGUGUCCUUCAUCGACUCUGUCUUCGCCCCGUAUCCGCCCAUCAAAUACGACAGGCGGCAUCACGUCGGCCGCCGAAUAGUCGCUCUCGCACUGCGUCUAGCUGCUACUGCUGCUGCUGGCCCGCCUAGCUGCCGCUGACACGUUAAUUACGCGCGCAACAAAAAAAAUCAUCUCGAAAAGAUACACGCAUAACACGCUGAGGAAGACGGGACGACGACAACGACGGAUAGGGAGGGACACGUAUAGACACACAGUGCCCUUCUGCCUCGACUCUUUGGCGUACACGGCUGCGCGUGCUGGCUUGGCCAAGUCCUCUCCGGAGCAGCCGUUGAGCCUGCAGGGUUGUCGACACACGCCUACCUACGCGCACAGGCGCGCGCACACUACGCACGCACGGCACCCAUCGAGCGGCAGUGGGCAUCAACGCCGAUCACUGACACCCACGCGCCAAACCGGAGUCGCCUUGCGGCGCGACGACCUCUUUUUUGUUUUCCUUUCCCGCCUCUCUUUGCUCCCGCCAGCGUGCUUGGCCGUCCAUCUAUCUAUCGACCUCUUCGACCAACGAGUCUAUCGAUUCACCGACCUAGAAAGUACACACAACGGCCUCGACGUCCGCGGCUGACCUGCCUGCCUGCCCUGCCGAGCGGCUUGCCGAAACCACCCACCCACGUCGACGACCACCUCGACGACCACCUCGACGACCAUCACCACCACCCUACGUACCACAAAACCACAGCCAUGGCCGCGUCGUCGCUCACCUCGCGGCUCCUCACCGAGCUCCUCCCCCCGGACAUGGCCGCCUCCGUCCGGCGCCACGUCCUGCACCCCAGCUCGCCCGUGCAGUCCCUCGCGCGGGCCGCCUCGGCGCGCGCGCAGUCGCUCUUCGCCUCGACGCUGGCGCCCGCCCUCGAGCCCCUCGCCGACUGGGCCGCCCGCGCCCUCGCCGACAACCAGGGCCUGGCGGGGCUCGUCGCCGCCCUCGCCGCCGUCACGGCCGUCGUCGUCGUCAUGAACUGGCUACGCCGCCUCGUCCUGUGGUGGACCCGCGUCGUCCUGCGGCUCACCCUCUGGGGGCUCGUCGCCCUGCUGCUCUCGUGGGUCUGGAGCAGGGGCGUCAUGGAGAGCGUGCGCGACGCCGUCGUCGUCGCCGGCAAGGUCGCCGGCUACCUCGCCGUCGUGAGGGACGUCUGGGUCGCCGAGUACAACCGCUACGAGGGCCAGCAGAACGUCGGGUAUCGCACGGGCGGUAGCGGCGGCGGCGGGCGCGGGAGGAGCUCGGGGAGGUAG